AGUUUACUUGCGCUGACGAAAAUUACAAUGUAGGAAGAAAUAUUUGCGUGUAGUUGCAUAUCCACGUUGAGUGCCCCUUUGAAUCAGUGUUACUUGUUUGAUAUUUACGUGUUUUAACAUCGAAUUAGCACUCGGAUAUUUGCAGUUGUUUUAAUUGUUAUGGCAGGUAUUUCUCAAAAGACUGUGCACGACAUCUUUCAGAAUAUGGAAUACGGACCAUCCAGCACGAGCUUUGCAACUGCACAGUCCUGGCUCGAGAAGCAUUCUUGCACCCUUGGGUUUUUUGCAGAAGGGAAAUUUUCCUGCCCUGGGGAAAGGCAGAGUCACAAUGUGACAGAUUCUAAUGCUGAGGUUGUGUGCAGCAUUGUUUGUGCUAAUGAUCAGGAUGUUGCAUCAGUUGCUUCCUCUGCAUCGGCAGGCUUUAAAACCUGGAGUGAUCUGAGCUGUUACCAGAGAGCCAAAGUUUUACACCGGUUAGCAGGUGUUCUGCAAAUACACACUCAGUGUGUGUCUGAGGUGUGUGAGCUCUCGCAGACAUCCACCUCUCCUGCAGCAUUGAUCAGACUGACCCAGUACUAUGCCAGCUGGGCUCAGCUCAGAGACACAAUCCUGCCUGAGUGGAACCCUCGUGGUGUUGUUGCAGUGGUUGUUUCAGAUGACUGCACUGUGUACUCUCUUAUGCUGAAGGUUUUACCAGCUCUAGCUAUGGGUAAUGCUGUUAUUGUGGUACCUGGAAGGACUUCCUGUGUUCCCGCCCUCCUGUUGGCUCAGUUGUUUAUGGAAGCGGGGAUUCCUGCUGGAGUGUUAAAUGUGGUGACAGGCGGUGAAUCAUCACUGGGUGUUAAAGUGGCUCAAAAUCCACAUGUGAACUACUUAACCUAUAGUGGAUGUAAAAAGGCCGGAGAGGCGCUGGCUAAAGCAUCAGCUGGUUGCGGAGUCCCCAUGACCUUCUCUUUCUUACUCAGCUCUGUGUGCCCUUUUAUCAUCUUUGAUUCUGCAGACUUGGACAGUGCUGUGGAUGGAGUGAUAGAGAUGGCCUUCAAAAAGAAGAAAGAUUGUCGGUGGGUGCUGUGUGUGCAGGAGUCAGUGUGUGACAGUGUUGUUUCGAGACUGAGGUUAAGAAUGGCAGGAAUGAAGUGUGUUCCUCUCGCCAGUGAAAUGGACAGAAGUCUUAUAGAUACAGCAGUUCAGGGGGCUCAGCAGCAGGGGGCAACACUGAUUCAGUCAUGUCCUCCUCCUCCUGCUGGUAAUCUCUACCCCCCUACUGUAUUGUGUGGCCUUGCUCCCUCCUGUGACUCUGUUGUUUCACCUCCUCCAGGCCCUGUUGUGCCCAUUAUAUCUUUCAGGAGUUCUGCUGAGGGAGUUACUGUCGGAAACCAUAGCCCUCAUGGUCAGGCUGCCUCUAUCUGGACUGAAGACCUGACUCUGGCUUUGGAGUCGGCAAAAAGUCUAUCUGUAGGUUCAGUGUGGGUGAACUGUCAUUCUGUAGUGGAUCCUGCACUGCCUUUGUGCGGACGGAGAGAAAGCGGAAACUGCACUGAUGGAGGAAGAGAGGGACUGUAUCAGUUCCUGCGCCCUUCUCUAUCCCCCUCACUCCCACAUUCCACUCCCUCCUCUAUUAAUUAUGAUGGUUUUGGGUCUGCAGCAUCUAAAUUUCUGAUACCUGAAGGAUUUGAUCCUUCCAGUGUCCCUCGCUUUUACUCUCAAUUAGUGGGUGGUCAGUUGCGUAAAGCUGACUCCGGUUGCAGCAGGUCAGUUUUGGGCCCUGGGGGUGUUGUGCUGGCUCACUGCCCAGAUGGAGGAAGAAAAGAUGUCCGUAAUGCUGUGGAGGCUGCCAUUAAGGUUCAGCCAGGGUGGAUGAAGAAGAGUCCUGCUACGCGCUCUCAGUCCCUUUACUCACUUGCUGGCAUCCUGGAAAAGAAGAAACGCGACAUUGCUACAUCAAUUCAUACUCAAACUGGCAUUGCAUUGGAAGAGGCCGACAAAGAGGUGGAGCUUAGCAUCUCCAGGCUUUCUGAAUGGGCUGCACGCUGUGAUAAAGAGCAGGGUGGAAUUCCAUUCCUGCCCCAGACUGGUUCUGCCCUGUUGACACCUGAGGCUAUAGGAGUAGUAGGUGUGGUUCUUCCCAGCUACAAACCGAUCCUAUCUUUGGUGUCCUUAAUGGGGGCAGCUGUUGCCAUGGGUAAUGCUGUUGUCAUGGUCCCAAGUGAAAAAUACCCUCUUCCAGCUCUUGAAUUUAUUCAGGUCCUGCAGGCCUCUGAUAUCCCAGGAGGUUUGGUCAGUAUAAUAACAGGGGACAGAGAUCAGCUGACCCAGGCUCUUGCCAACCACAGUGUGAUUCAAAGCAUUUGGUAUUGGGGAAGUAAAGAGGGCUGUCAGUUCCUCCAAUACUCGUGUGUUUGUCCUCUGAAACGCUUGUGGCUGCACUAUGAAGAAGAGGAGAAGGAGGAAGGAGGGAAAAUCUGGAUGAGUUCAAAUCCCUCUCUUCAAGAGGAGCUCUGGAGAAAGGCUGUGGUCUGGAAGAGUGUAUGGAUGCCAACUGCAUAAAAGCACUUAGCAUAAGAACAAAGUAUAUUGUUUAAGAGCAAAGUAUAUCUGGAAGUGAACCGAAAGGAGUUAUACUGUAAUAGAUUUUGGUAAAGUUCUGCCCAAGACUACUCACCCAAAAUACUGGGGACAUUAAGAGAAUCUGUAAACAUAUUUUGUGUUCACAUGUAUAAUAAAGAUAAAAUUGUCUUCAUUUGUUACCAUGACGGACAGUUGUACUCUGAAAAAUAAAACCGUUAUUACUCAA